AUGUUCGAAAAAAAAGGGGCUUCAUCAGUUCGUGGUAUCAUGCCAGCUAGUACCAGAAUGAAUGUAUAUACGAAGAAAGAAAGUGCAUCGGCCAUUCAGGUUCUAUGUAUAUUCCAGUUUAUGAUUAUUAACUCCAGGAAAGAGGAAGCGAGAUCGAUACCAGCCAGUAGAAUACCCCAGGUUCCAGUUUGGAUGGAUGGAUGGAUGGACUGCAAGCUGUCACAUGUCAUUGAUAGACCAAGGCCAGCGAGGGAUCCUGAUUUAGGAGUACUGCUGUCUGAGGUAGGUACCGAUGGAAAUCGAAGCAACGAGGUGAAUCCAUGCCAUGCAUGCAGAUAUCAAGCGUCGUGGUAG